AUGUGGGUGUCUAUUAAGUACUUUCUUGCAAGCAUACUUAUCUUGCCUUGUCUCUUAAAUGGAGAAUAUAUUUAUCUGCAUCCAAAAUUUACCAGUUCAAUUCGCGCCGACCCGGUUUCUAAAUAUUACCCUUUAAUAAGCAAAAGUCAAGAAUUACAUCCCCGAUUGUAUCAGAUUUUAAAUUUACCAGCCUCUCACGAGUCAAAUUUUUAUCGAUUGGACGGAAAUGGGAACCCGAUCAUUAAUACUGACACUUCAAUCGCAUCUUCUUCUGAGAUAGGUCAGCUUGAAAUUCCGGCUUCAAUGUUAUCUGCCUACGAAUCACCUACUGUACUUGCAAAUCUAUUUAUAAAAACUCAUAGGGUUUCUGUUUGCGGAGACGGCAUAUUGGAUUUUGGUAACGACGAAAAAUGCGAAUUUGUACUCACUGAAAUGGGUAAAAAUUCAUUUGUAGCAACAACCCCACCGCCAAACUACCACUUCCAAUGGGUCCAAGAUAAAAAGAGCAUCCAUCCCACGCAAAGGGAAUGUCUUUGGGCUCCCGGAAGAAUUGGCGGCUGCAAUAAUCGGGCCUCUUUAGGUGGCAUUCAAAGGUUUCACCUUCCUUCGCCAAUUUUUGCGCACUAUUGCGGUGAUGGGAUUCAUGAUAUUUCACCUACUCAUCCGCUAUUACAAUCAUUAUUGGAGGCAUGGAACCAACCUACAUCCGAAUAUCGGCAAUUUUUUACCAUAUGUGGAUACCUUGAUGAACAUUGCCUACUUCCAAUCUACUGUAAUGAAGGAAGCAAUCCAUGGAUUGUUACCGGUAAGACUAUUAGAUUCACCUCAAAUUCUCUCGAACAAUGUGAUCUUGGUGAUCUUCUAAAUGGUGCUGCCAGCUCUGGAUGCACCUCUGAGUGUUCGCUCCGUUGUUCCCAUAAGCAUGGCGGUGUUGUUGAUUGGAAUGAUUGGCCUCGGCUCUCGUGUCAUCAGCCUUGUCCUGAUGCCCGAUGGAAAGGCUUGUAUUGCGAUGUACCAAAUUGUGACCAUGGAAUACCAAAUCUUCAUGAAGGGGGAUGCUAUUCAUGCGAAAACGGGUGGAUAGGGCCCUCUUGCAGUCAAAAUAUUUGCGGAAAUGGUCGGAUUGCUGGAUGGGAUGAUAGUGUUGCAAAGACACAAAGAAAGCCAAUUUGCAUAUGCAAUGCAGGCUGGUAUGGUCCUGCGUGCGAUAAAAGCUACUGUGCCUUAUGGGAUAGCGGCGGAAAAUGCUUGGAAUGCAUUUCUGGGAAACGAGACCCAACCACUUAUUGCAUCCAAGAUGCUUGCGUUUAUGGGGAAAAACCCCCUCGAGCUUCCGCCGACGGGUCGUGCCUUCAGCCGUGCAAGGUGGGGUUUUUUAGUGGCAAAUUUUGCAAUGAAACAAAAUGUAUUCAAUGGGAAAGAAUUGAUCUGACCAGCAUCAAUGACAUUAGAUGUGUCAAAUGUUUGCCGGGACAUGAACUUCCGAACUGUACCCCAUCUCAAAAUAGCAACGUAUAUUCUAGAUGCGAGAAUCCAUGGAAGUUUGGUUAUGACUGUUCCCAGUCCAGAAGAAAAAAUCCCUCAACAAAUCAGUGCAUCCCUGGAUGGAUUGGCAAAUAUUGCUCAAUUUUGGCCUGUACUCGCGGCUAUCCAGAUUUUUCACACCCUAAACUGCAUUGCAUUAAGGGCUCUUGCCUUCCCGGCUGGGGGGGAAAGUGGUGUGAGAUUAGCAAUCUUAUCCUUAUUGAUGAUUUAAACAAGCAUCAAAAUUGGGCUAAAGCAAGAGCACUCGUAUAUAAAAAGUAUGUUUAUCUCACUCAAAACUCUCCACUGGGAGUUAGCUUGAAAUUGUGGAGAGAUAUUGCAACGGCAAUUGUGUAUGGAAAAAGACCCACCGAUUUGAUGGCUAAAAACUCCAUUAAUCGCCUUCCUGAUUGGAAGAAUUUAGACAAGGCCAUCGAUCAUGAAAGGGUCUAUUUUUCUGAAAAGAGUUCGUGGAUUCCUUUGAAACCGGAUCAACAGAUAAACCAUGCCAUUGACAAUGUAAAGCUUGAAAUGGGGAAAUUUCUUCAAAGGCUAAAAUCAAAGAACCUUUAUGUUGGGAUUUCUUCCAAGGAUCCCAAUUUUGACUAUGAUAUUCCGAUUCAGAAACAUUGUGAAUAUGGGAUUCCACAAGAAGCUUCAAAAUAUCUUCCAUGUCGCGAUUGUGCCCCUGGGUGGUUUGGCGACUAUUGUGACAUGACAAAUUGUGUUGAAUUUCUCAAAGACAACACGAAUUGUACCAAUUGCAAACCCGGUUAUGAGGGAGAUUUUUGCUUGAUCGAAACCCUUAAGAAAGACAAAAAUGUGGAAUGCUCGAAUGGAUGGGAGAAUCCCAACUGUCAAAUGCCAAAAUGUCUUUAUGGGUAUAGGUUGGUAUCGCCUCAAUAUAGCAGACAAAAAAAGCUUCAUCAAGCUGUAUCGGCUCAAAACCCAAUCACAAUUGACAUUAUGCACUUGUUCAGGAUCGAGCGAAAGUGGAUUAAAAAGCAUAUACCCUGUGAACUGUCUGCUUCCCAAAUGACAACCACUUCAUAUGAUAUAAAAAUGCAUUCAAUCGUAAAAACGGUGACAAAUUCUUUGCUUUGUGAUGGGAUUCUUAUAAGAUCUGUUGAAGAUUCUCGUUGUUCAGCUUGCUAUCCUGGAUUUGGGGGAGAUUAUUGCACUACCAUGUCUAAUGGGAAGCCUAUUGAUAAUUGUACGGAAAUUUGUAUCAAUGGAGUUUGGAACUGGGAGAAAGGGUAUUGUUUCCCCUGCUUUGCUGGCUUUUUCGGGGAAAGCUGCGAGAAAAGUCAUUGUAUGGAACUAUCCACUUCAAAUUAUACUUGUAUCUCAUGCCAGAUGCUCAAUCCCUCUGAACUUGAUUUAAAGCUUCGCGAUCUUUUGAAAACCCAUGCUUCUCCAUUGUAUGGACAGCGGUUUGGGGAUUAUUGUGAGUCUCGUGGGCUAUGUUUGUUUGGAGUUCAAUCAAAAACUGACGAAGGUUGUUUAUCCUGUUCUUCGCCCUGUGUCACUGGCCCUUAUUGUAAUGAAACCCGAUGUUCUUAUUUUUCUUCAGACCAGAUUCCAAUUUGUGCUGUUUGUAAAGAGGGCUGGAAGGGGGUUUGCUGUCAAGAAAGCGCCAUCCUUGAGGAAAAGAAAGCUGUUCCUUCUAUUUUAGAUUCGAUUUUUAACACUUGCAAAUCAAUUGGUCUUGUAGGAUGGCCUCAGUGCAGUAGAAAUCGCUGUACUUAUGGAGCUAUGAACCUCACCGAUAGAUAA